ACUUUGCUUGCUGCGUAGUUUUCUGUUCAUGGCCCAAACCUGAUAUAAGCAGCAUCAAUCACAUUGAAAACCAGGAAACAGAUUCUGUCAUAGAAUCAGCAAUAGUUCAGGUUGUGAAGAACAAUAAUCUGAUGCUUCAAUGAUGCAGAAGAGAUAAGCCAUUGAUUUCCAGAAUACAUUAGUAUACUUUGUUUCUUCCACAAAAAGUUGGUUCCUGCUUCUGCUUCUACAUAUUUUCAACAUCGGCAAAAUCUUGGAAAGCAGCAGCAAGGAUCAGAUCCCAUAAAAAAAAGAAGCCUUUUUUUUAUUUUUUUAUUUAUUGAAUAAAGAAGCCUUCAUUUCAACAAGCAGAGUUUUUAGAUAACAAGGGGCAAAACUGGUCAAGACGGCCGUUCUGGGGAAAUCAGUAUGGAUUAUGAUUCACAAGAGAGUGAGUUUGCAACCGCUGUCGCAGCAGCUGCAUUUGCCAUUCACUCAAUGGAACAAGCUGAAUUGCAGUACCAAAAAGAGAGGAGGAAAAGCCUUGAAACCACAAGGACCAAUACUUUGCCGGAUACAAAGAUAAGGCCUAGUUCUGGGGCAGCAACUAGGCGAUUAUCAAACAAAGGAGCAAAUAGUACUAGUGGUGGAGCUUCAAUGAAAAUGCCAAUGGGGCAGGACCAAAGAGCAUUGGACUUGGAGAGUGUUUUUCCAUCUAGGUAUGCAAAUCGUGGAAACUCUAUAAGGCCUUCAACUUCUGCAGACGGAAAUCAAAGCCGAAAAGGAAAUUCAAGAGGACAUGGCAAUGCAGUGGAAACCAAAGCAGAUGCUUGGGAGAAAGCUGAGAUGAAGAAGAUUCAGAAUCGGUAUGAAAAAGUGAAAGCUGCAAUUCUUGCUUGGGAAAAUGAAAAGAAGAUGCAAGUGAAAUUAAAGAUGGAGAGGAGAAAGAGAGAAAUGGAGCAAAGAAGAGCAAUAAACAUGCAACACUACCAAGUUAAGCAAGAAAGGAUUGACCAGAUAGCAGGAGGAGCAAGGGCACAAGUGGAAGUGAAAAGAAGAAAUGAAGAGUCCAAGGUUAAAGAAAAGGCAAAAAGAAUUAGAGCAACUGGCAAAGUUCCUGUUACAUGCUUCUGCUUCACUUGUUACUAGUCAGAAGAUGGAAACACAAUAGUAAAUACUGAUAAGUUGUUUAAAUUGUGAAUGAUGCAAAUUAUGGAAGGAGAAAAACUAUGUAUUGUAUCUGUAUAUCAAACUGUAACUAUACACUUGUGGCAUCUCUAAACAAAAAACCCUAUAAUCACAUCAUUAUAUGAACCCCUUUGUGCAGCUACUCUUGAAUUAGCACAUGAAUAGACUUGUUUGUUUUGGUUAA